AUGAAGUUCCUCGGUCCGCUUGCCCUGGCCUCUAUGGCCCUCGCCACGCCCCGCGUCUGGAACACGCGCAAGGCCAGCAGUCCGCUGGACCUGCGCAUCGAAAUGGACGGCAACUCUAAGGUCCGCGCCGUCCUGACCAACCGCGGCGACCAUGACCUGCGUCUCCUCAAGACGGGCACCUUCCUAGACGAAGCGCCCGUAGAAAAGGCCAAAAUCUACACCAGCUCCGUGUACUCUGAAAACGCCGUCCCCUUUGACGGCGUCCGCCUCCGCAUCGCCACCUCGGAGCUCGAGCCGUCGGCCUUUCAGGACCUCCCCGCCGGGCAGUCGGUGACGGCCGCCUUUGACCUCGCGCACAUGCACGACCUCUCCGCCGGCGGCGACUACCACGUGGAGCUCUCCGGCGCGCUGUCCGCCGCCGCCGCCGCCGCCGAUGCCCCGACCUCGGCCGCCCUCGUCGGGUCGCUGCCGUACCGCUCCAACCGUCUGAGCAUCCGCGUCGACGGCGACACGGCACGCGCCGCCUCGUCCGCGUUCCACCUGCAGCGACGGUCGCGGGUGCGCGACUGCCGCGGGGCGCAGCUGCUCGCGACGACGACGGCGCUGGCAGGCUGCACCGAGAUGGCCGCGGCCGCCGCGGCUGCCGCGUCGAGCGGCGACGCCGGCAAGAUGGUCGAGUACUUCAAGGCCGCGGACAAUGGCACGCGCGGCAUCGUCGCCGGCGUCUUCUCGCGGGUCGCGGCCGAGUGCGGCUCCACGACGGGCGGCGUCGCCGACUACUUUUGCUCGGACCCGUACGGCGCCUGCUCGGGCGGCGUGCUGGCGUACACGGUCGCGGCACGCAACCUCAUGGCCUACUGCCCGUUGUACUUUGCGCGCCUGCCCCCGCGCACGCAGCGGUGCCACGGCCAGGACCAGGCCACGACGAACCUGCACGAGGUCACGCAUCUCAGACAGAUCAAGGGCACCGACGACUUUGGCGGCUACGGCUACCAGUUCCUCCAGGGCCUGACCAAGGAGCAGAAUCUCAACCACGCGGACACGUACACGCUCUUUGCCAACGCCAUCGACCUCAAGUGCUGA